AUGGAACCUUUAAAGAAGCAAACCUCUCAGCGACUUCCACCGCCGGCUCUCUUUCAAGGUCCGCCUUCACAUAAUGCAUCCAAUAUCUCCCUCUCAGUACCACCACCCGCCUCUACACUUGCGACUCCGGUCGGCAGUCGACCUCCAGCCCUCUCGCGAGAUCGUUCCCGUGACGCCGAUAGCAUAGAGAAACGGGAAUUUCUCUCGCCGUUCAUGUCGAGGCGCUCGUCCAAGCAUGAAGUGGAUGGUUCAGAUGCCAUAUGGCAAGAGAUGCAGAGCGCCCUGUCCGAGGUGGAAUUGAGUGCAGUGACAAGCGAUCACGUCUUCGGCGAAAAACACGCCGAAGCUUUGGAGGAUCUUCGCAUGAAACAAUUAAGACUCGCGCAGGCGUGGGCACGCAGCGAGGCAGAUGACGAAGUCGUUGACUCCAGCCAUAAUACCACUGAGGGAGAUCGACGAGCCUCCUCGGAAGCCAAAACUGUUGACGCCGCGACCGAGCAGAUCCCUAUUAAAGACCACGAGGAGACCGAAAAGGAUAUUAAUCUUGCGCGAAAGCGCCGCGACGCAAACGAUCGCUAUUUUGAUCGGGUCAACCAGGGCGUGCUGGACGUCGUCGCCAAGUUGGAAGAGGUCUCGAACGCCAUGCGUACUGUCGAAAGGGAGAGCAAGGAUAUUUGGAGCGACUCUGAUAGCGUGACAACAGAAGAUGCCGUCUCUGCUAAUGCGGACUGA